AUGGCUUGGAAUUAAUACAAUUCAGAGAAUAAAAAUGCGUUCUCUCAAAAAUUUCACACAAUUAAAAAUAAAAAAAUGCAAAUUAAAAUAGAAAUGUAGUGUUUGAAUGCCACAGUAGGUAUCAGUGAAAUAUCAAUAAUUCCUUGUGAACAAAUAAUUUAAUCCAAUGUCUCAAUGUCAAUUUAGUCCCUUUUUAUGGUUGCUUGUUAAAUACGUAUUUUGUCUAGAAAAUUGUGUAAUUUAGAGUUUAAAAUUAUUAUUAAUUUCUAGGUAUAUUCAAAUUAUAAAUAUAUGUUAAAUUGUAUUUUAAUUAAUUUGGUAAUAAUUUGUUUCAGAGGAGAAUGUUUGACUUGUGAUACUUGA